CAUAUCCAUGGGUUCAAAUGACAGUGACGGUAGCGAACGGAGCUGUCGCCUCCAUUCGUUAGACAGAGCUAUCCUUAGUACCCCUGCGGUUAUUUUCCGCCCUGCAGAGGCCUCCGUUCAUGGGAGAUAGAUACAUUGACGCCGCUUCGCGGCAUUAUCAGCUUGAAGAGGAUGAGCGACGUAACUUCAACAUACCGGUCCAUCAUUGCGGCCGAGCUGCAGCGUCUGCACGACGAAAAUUCAGCCAAGCAGCGCGAGGAAGCUGCGCGCCGUGAGGCUCAGCGAGAUCGCACGCGUAGUUUGAUGCGGCUCAUGCAGCUCGACACUCGCGACGAGGCCAAAAUCGCGCUCCACGCCGAGAACGCUGCCCUUUACAACCAGCGUGCCGCAAUACUGGAGCAGAUCUGUUUGCUACAAGACCGCUACCAAGCCGAGAAGAAGCGGCUUCCUUCCAUCCCGGACAAGAAGGAGCGCCAUGAGAUACUGCAACGAGCCAAGGCUGUGCGUGACAGGGGCGUGAUGGCGCUGCGCCACCACUUGACGCAGUUGGAGGCCUCGGCACCUCCUGUAGUGCGGCCAGGAAGCUCCUCGUAUGCGGGGAAUGUCAGUCGCGCUGCAACGCCGGCAGCAAUUGUGUCCCUUCCAGAUCUAAUGGUGUACAGGCAGAGUCGGCGCUCGGAGAGGGUCUCGGCGACGGAAUAUAAGCAGCUCAUGGACCAAAUCCGAGCGGUGAAACUCGAGCGUCAAACAAUGCUCGACCCCUAUGUGGCGAACUUGAAGCUCGCUCGUCUAUGGGAUCGCCUCCACGACACAGCACGAUGUCUGGAGAAUUACGAGUCCGCUUGCCAGGUGAUGACAGAGAAGGAACUUGCUCGAAUACCUCCAGAAAUGCUGGAGGAAGUUCUAGAGAAGCAGCGGCUACGGCGGAGGGCGGCGCUGCAUUUUCUGUUCUCACGGGCUCUUCAGCGGAAACAACGUGAAGAAGCUGCCGACCUGCUGUCGAAGUUCAUCGAACUUGCGCUGCCCGAGGACAGGUUGAAGGACGUUGCUUACGUGGACAGGUCUGUACUAAGUAAACAACGACUAGAGUACAUGCUCUCAGGGUGUUGGUAGAAUUCUUCGUGAACAGGAAUACAUCGAAGACCCGACGCUUGCGAGUCCUGAUGAGAUCACGUUUGCCAUUCGGAAUACCAACAGCCUCGGCCAGUACGUGAUGAAGGUCAACAGCAAUUGUCACCUUGCAAUGAUUUGCUGACUUGGCUCUUUCUAGCCUGACGGAUCUCCGUUUCAAAUUGCUGAAAGAGCUGCUUGCUUCAUCGCCGACAGAUCCGUGUAAGUAUGCUACAACAGUUUAACUCGUGUGUUGACUGAUGUCCCCAUCGACUCGUUCAACUUGACGUAAGCAGAUCUAAUCGAGUCAGUAGCAAACAUCCAUGUUCGCAGGGGCGAGUUUGCCGCAGCUGAAGAGCUCACUUCUCGCUUUGUAGAAUUGCCGCCCGUUAAGCGGAUAUCGCUGUAUGGCACGCUUGCCGAGCUGCGAUUCGGACUAUAGCAGAGCAACUAGCGGUUCAUGAUCUGUUAGAUUUUGGCACCUUCAACUUGAAGCGGUUAAACAACUGUUUGGUGUACUUACAAUUAAUGCAACGAUUGUUAUCUCUCU